UAGCAAAAGUAGAUAUUUUUAUUUAAAAGAUUACCUAAAAUGAUGGGUAUAAAUUGGCAAAAUUAGCAGUGUUGUUCUGCAAGGAGAGUUAAUGGAGAAAGAGGGUGUUACCAUUACCAGUACAACUACAGUUGCAGAGUUCAGGGGUUCCUUGGAGUAGCAUUAAAGUCUGAAGGAGAUUAAAAAAAACAUAAACAAAAAGAUAAAAGCUAGAGUGUUUUUUUUUGUAAUAAAUGGUGUCUUUUUGUGAUUUAUAGAGGUGAUGAUUUUGUUUUUACAGAGAAAAGAUCUGAAGCAAAAAGAUGGUUUAUUUUCGUCAGAUUUUUCUCAUGAUCAUUGUAGUGGUGAUAUCAUCACAAUGCUGCAAAGUUAGUUUCUUAAGCGUUUUUGCUGAUGCUAAAGAGCUUGAUGAUUGGAAAGUGUUAGUGGUGGAAAACGGUGAGAGAUAUCAGACCCAGAUCGGGAAACUCGUCGGAGAAGACGGAGGCGAGAAGAAAAAGCUUCGUGUUUUGGAAAAGUUCCGAGCUUUACUCGAUUUGAUAAAACCCUCUACUUCCCGGCGAAGAAAUCUCUUGACUCCUGCUCCUUUCUCUCCUUGGCCGGCGCCGUCACCGUCUCCGUUUCCAAGCGGUGGUCCAAUCGAGUCUCCGGCGUAUUCUCCAGCUCCUCAACGGCCAAUCCCUCCGCAUCUUCGUCGUCCGUUGCCUCAACGGACCCAUCCAUCGAGACAACCGGAGAUUCAGAAGCGAAAACACGAGAAAGGAGGAACGUUUAAGAAGAUUCUUCUACCAGUUGUCGUUUCUACAGCUUCUGGAAUCGGUUUCGUGGUUUGUGUAGUGGGAGUGUUCUGUCUCUGCGCGAGAAUCAGGAAAAGGAAGAAGAAUGGUAAAACGGCGUCGUUAAAAUGGAAAAAGGGCAAAUCUCAGAGCUCGACGAGGAAGGUCAGUAUAAACCCUACUCUCGAUUUCUUGUACCUAAACUCACUAGGAGUCGAUUUAGAGAGGCAAAGCUCUGUUUCCGUUAAAGAAAUACGAGAAACCGAUAAGGAUUUGAACGAUAACAAUGGUGCAUUGCUUGAAGAAGAGGUAAAGAGAAGCCUAGAAACAGAGAUUUUGUCAGAUUCAACGAAAGAGAUUGUGUCGGUGCACGAAAAUGAAGAUGAACCAACAGUAAACUCUGUUUCUGCUCCUGUUGGAUGCGAUUCUUCAGACGAUGAUGAGUCUUUUCAUUCCGUUGGUGGAGGCUCUCAGUAUUCAAAUCCAAGGCUUUCGAAUGCUUCUUCUUCUGUUUCUGGUAGCGUUAACGUUGGAUCCUCACAACGGUUCUCAGAACGAGAAUUGGAGAUUCCAGAAUGUUCUACAAAAGGUUUUGGAAUCUCUACUCCUCCUCCUCCUCCUCCACCGCCACCGCCUCCACCGCCACCGCAAUUCUCAAACACACGUCUCCACUCUCGGUCUUUGCAAGAAACUAAUCCGCAGACGCUUUCGUCACAGUUAUGUGAGAAAGUUUGUGCUUCUCCCUCGAAACCAAGUCUUCCCAUCAGUGUACCGCCUCCACCGCCACCGCUACCGCCACAACAACUUCAAGCUGGAGGAACGAACAAAACGCCUCCACCGCCACUGUCUCUUGAUUUUUCUCAGCGUAAACCGUUGGGCAAAGACGGAGCUCCAUUGCCUAAACUAAAGCCGCUUCACUGGGAUAAGGUCAGGGCUACACCGGACCGGACUAUGGUCUGGGAUAAGCUCAGAACAAGCUCUUUCGAAUUAGACGAAGAGAUGAUUGAGUCGCUGUUUGGAUAUUCGAUGCAAAGCUCAACAAAGAAUGAGGAAGGGAAGAGCAAGACCCCUUCACCAGGAAAACACCUUCUUGAACCUAAAAGGCUUCAGAACUUUACCAUUCUCUUGAAAGCACUCAACGCAACCGCCGACCAAAUCUGCUCUGCUUUGGGGAAAGGGGAAGGCUUGUGUUUACAGCAACUAGAAGCGUUGGUGAAGAUGGUGCCGACUAAAGAAGAAGAACUGAAGCUGUGUAGCUACAAAGGAGCUGUGGACGAGCUAGGCUCGGCUGAGAAAUUUCUCAGAGCUCUUGUCGGAGUUCCAUUUGCGUUUCAAAGAGCUGAAGCAAUGCUUUAUAGAGAAACGUUUGAAGAUGAAGUUGUUCAUCUCAGAAACUCCUUCUCAAUGCUUGAGGAAGCUUGCAAGGAGCUUAAGUCAAGCAGGUUAUUCUUGAAACUUCUAGAAGCUGUGCUUAAGACUGGAAAUAGGAUGAAUAUAGGAACCAUACGCGGUGGAGCAAAGGCCUUCAAGCUUGAUGCUCUGCUCAAACUCUCUGAUGUGAAGGGCACAGAUGGAAAGACAACUCUGCUUCAUUUCGUCGUACAAGAGAUCUCUAGGUCUGAAGGAAUCAGAGUUUCAGACAGCAUCAUGGGACGGAUCAUGAACCAGAGAUCAAACACGAACAGAACCCCUGAGGAGAGAGAGGAAGAUUACAGAAGGAUGGGGCUCGAUCUCGUCUCGGGUCUAAACACAGAGCUACGAAACGUGAAGAAAACGGCAACAAUUGAUCUGGAAGGACUCGUUAGCUCCGUGUCGAAUCUGAGAGACGGGUUAGGGCAACUGAGGUUUCUAGCGAGUGAGAAGCUAAAAGGGGAUGAAGAAAACAGAGCAUUCGUUAGUUCGAUGAGCUCGUUCUUGAGAUACGGAGAGAAGAGCUUGGAAGAGUUGAGAGAAUACGAGAAGAGAAUAAUGGAGAGGGUUGGAGAGAUCGCAGAGUAUUUUCAUGGGGAUGUGAGAGGAGAUGAGAAGAACCCAUUGAGAAUAUUUGUGAUUGUUAGGGAUUUUCUUGGGAUGUUGGAUCAUGUUUGUAGAGAACUGAGGUGUGUUAGGGUUCCCAAUAGCCCUAGCCCUUUGGCUCCGUUUCGAUGAGCAUUGUUGACUAUGAACAGAGGUUUGGUUGUUUGAGUUCUGUAGGGAAUUUUUAUGAGGUUUCUGAGUUGUGUUGGGGUUCACUGUGGACUAGAGCUGAAAAAGGAUUCAGUCUUUGAGACUUUGAGUCUAUGGAGAGUUAUGUGAAGAUUGAUAGAUAUGUAUGGAUUUGUAUAUGUAUCAUAUGGUAAAGAUCGUCACACACAAGAAUAUUUUUAUGGAUA